UCAAUCUAAAUUCUUCACUUUCUUCUUACACAUUACAUUUCAGCAUAGCAGUUUAGCGUCAGCUUUUCAGCAUAAAGCAUUCCCACUAGCAAUUUUUUCAGGAAUUGCAUUCUCUAGUUCUAAUUGUUUUCCCAAUACUGUGAAAUCUUAGAAAAUUGCUAUUGCUUCUCUUUUCCACAUAAAUAUCACAUUUGCAAACCAAAUUAAUAACAAAGACCUCUCAACCAAGUCUACAUUGUUAAUGCUCUGGUACAGACCAUGAUAGAUAAACAAUGUAUUUGUGAAUGUGAGAGCGAGAUCCUUAUGGAAACACUUUCAUCACAUUGAAAAUAGAGGGCAAGGGAAGUGUGUUUACGUGAGUGUGGUGAGGGGGAAAUAUAAUGGGGUGUUUUUUUAGACUUCGCAAUAGGUCAAUAGGCAUGCAUAUGCAUUUGGAAGGACUCCAGGUCUCCAUGCGCUCUAUGAAAUAUAUUGAAUACUGUUACAGAGUGAAUCGGAGGCUCACCGAAAUAGCCUGGACUUUGAAGUGCUGCCAAGCUGAGAAUAACUGAGCAAACAGUUGAGCAGAAGGAGGAAGGCAUUUACAAACUGUACUGUAAAGCUUCAUAAAUGAUAAGAUGUACCUUCAGCAAGAAAUACAAUGAUUACUUAUACUGUUAAUGUUGAAUGGUGACUCAUACUAACAAACCGAGUGAACAGUCGUCCGUCUCGGUAAUGCUACAGAGCCUUUUAGCUUGUCAUUUUAAUGAUAUUGAACAUUAAAUAUAUGGUUAAGUCUUGCUGUUCUCAUUUAUCUCUGUUCCAGCAACACCAGGAAGCUUUUUUUUAAAGGAGAAAAGCGAUUAUAAGCUAGCUGCUCAGCACCAGACAUCAGAAAGACAAAGUUAGCAAUUAGCUAGCAGACAUAAGCUAGAGGUUAGCUAGAAAGCCUAUCAUCAUUAUUAUUAUUAGCAGACGCGUAACAUUUUUGUAUCGUAGGAAUGUAAAUGAUAAAAGGCAAACUUGAUAUACAAGUUUUCUCAGAAGCAGCACUAGCAGAAUUGGUGUGGACACCGCGCUCGUGCGACCCGCAGCUGUUCAGUGGGGUAGCUAUCACGUGCUGGCUCGAGCGUCAGGCAGCAAUAUGUCCUGUGUCCUCCAUUAUUCAGAACACUUCGUUACUAAAAAGGGCAAAUAUCACAGGUGCAAAUCAUGACAAAAUUCAAAGGACUUUCAUGGGAAUUUCUAUUUGAACAGUUCCUUUGUUUUACAAGAGGACAUACAUAUUCCAGCAUUCCAUAGUGAAUUGUGCCAACCAUGUGUUGCAUAAGGCCCAUACAAAUGUUCCUGGAAUCAUUAGUUAUUUUCUAGAAAUGUAAUUUGAGUUAUGGCUCGGCCUACACAAAACAAACAUUCCUGCCAGUGUCUUGAGUCUUGCUUGUUUGGAUGUUCUCCCGGUCUAGCAAGCAGUCAACUAAUUGGUUGAGCAUUAGACUGUCCUUUUUUUGCUUUUUGUUUUUAAAGGGUUGCUUGUACUUGCAUCACAGUGAGAAUCAAAUGUGUACUGCUUUUCUGCUGCUAUAAAAGCAAAUGUGAUGUUUCAUUGCAUGAAAAACAUUGUCCUGCAAAGUAUAUUGUAUCUACAACUGUCAAAUCAAUGUGUGAGUGGAGUAAAAAGUUCAAAAAGUAAAUUAAAUAUUGUGUCGAAAGUGUAUGAUUUUUCAAAAUGAAGAGUGUAGUACUGUAACGCUCGUGAAGUAUUAACUAUAGCCUGCAGUACACUUUGUAGAACCAAAACAAUAGAGUAUCAGUGUUGUAACCGUAAAAAUAAGGAUUGAGCUCGAACUCUGCAGGGUAUGCUAUACAGAGUCUGAAUGUGCACAAAUCAUAAAAAACUAAAAAACAUGGAACAUUUUAGGUUUUCAAGCGUUUAUUGACUUUGGCUUCGAGCCACCCCUCACCCAUUCCUUCCCAGCCCUCAGAUAACACAUACAGUACUACACACACACACACACACACACACACACACAUUAAUUUGCCUCCCACCCGUGUGUUCCUUUAACAAACAUUUCCUUUUUUCCCCUCUCCCUUUCUCCCAAGUGUAUACGCAUUAUUUUCUUCUCGGGUUGUAUGACUCGAGCCAAAGCAUUUUGUAUAACAAAUGUUUUUCACCACUUUGGGCAGGGGCCCAAUAUCUUUUCCUAGAAAAUGAUAUGUUUUAUUUGUUUCUGUUUAUAAUAAAGAAAACACGUUUUUCUAAGAAACUGCCUUAUUGUGAUAUUUUAUACAGAAAACUUGUCUCAAGUCCUUUACUUUUUCUGGACAGCAUCAACACUUAACAUGAUCCAUGUCAACGUAGAGAUGUGGGUGCAAACCAUAAGUUAGAUAAGAUAGACGCUUCUUUUGAAACGCAAAGGCAUAUCUCAUAUUCUCUUGAAGACCAUCUGUCCAAUGCACACUUACAGUAAAUGCACAGACAUAGACACACAUAUGUACACACUAACGCCACUCUGAGUUGUGUUCAUUUACGAUGUUUGGGUGGAAACUGGGGCCGCCCAACCACUGAGGACGGGGGACAACAUCUGUCCGCCAUCUUUGUCAGUGCUGCCAAGUAUUAUGGAAACGCGUACAGGAGUAGUUUACGAUGACUCUCAAUGUGCCGGGUCUGGUGGUGAUGGCAGGAUUCUACCUGCUGAUCUUGGGAACAGGCAUCUGGGCCUCCUUUCGCUCCAAGAAGCAGGAAAAGAAGUGCACAGGAAAUGGCAUGGAGAUAACGCUACUGGCCGGGCGCAACAUCAACUUGCUUGUUGGCAUCUUCACUCUCACUGCUACAUGGGUGGGUGGAGGCUUCAUACUCGGUAUAGCUGAGGCGGCAUACAACCCCACACUAGGCGCAGUGUGGGCUCUGAUGCCUGUGCCUUAUGUCCUGACCUUCUUCUUAGGUGGGUUUUUCUUUGCCAGGCCAAUGAGGGAGAACAGAUAUCUGACAAUGAUGGACCCUUUCCAGCAGAAGUAUGGGAACUUUAUGAGCAGUUUGCUGAUCCUUCCCGCUCUAGUGGCCGAUGUUCUAUGGGUGGCGCGCACACUCGUCAGCCUGGGUGGAACAAUGAGUGUGAUCCUGGACCUGCCCUACUUAUACUCCAUCAUCAUCUCCUCAGUGGUGGCCAUAGUCUACACACUGAUGGGGGGGCUCUACUCUGUGGCCUACACAGAUGUAAUCCAGCUCAUCCUCAUCUUUGUCAGUCUGUGGUUGUGUGUCCCUUUCCUGAUGACAAACCCUCACUCUUUGGACAUCUCACUGACAGCCUACAACCAGACCUUUCAGGCUCCCUGGGUUGGCACGGUGGAGCUUGAUCAGGCCGGAAAGUGGUUUGACGACUUCAUGCUGCUGGCUCUGGGUGGUCUUGCCUACCAGGCGUUCUACCAACGAAUCCUGUCCGCCUCAUCUUACACCCAGGCUCAAGUGACCUGCUUCGCCUCUUCAGGUUUCUGCCUGGUGCUUGGUAUCCCUUCCAUUCUGGUGGGGGCUGUGGCUGCAUCUACAGACUGGAACUCAACCGCCUAUGGAUUGCCCACCCCAUAUGAGCGCAACCAGGCAGGUUCCAUCCUCCCCAUCGCCCUGCAGUACCUCACACCCCCAUACAUCUCCAUCAUUGGCAUUGGAGCAGUAGCUGCUGCCGUCAUGUCUUCCAUGGACUCAGCUCUUCUGUCCUCUGCAUCAUUGUUUUCCUCAAAUAUCUACAAGAACAUCCUCAGAAAACAGGCGUCGGACCGUGAGAUGCAGUGGGUGAUCCGUAUCUCGGUGGUGGUGGUGGGUCUGGCCGGCACUGGCCUCACCUUUCUGGACAGCAGCGUCCUGGUCUUCUGGCUGGUGGGCGUAGAUAUGUCCUACACCAUCAUGUUCCCACAGCUGGUCUGCGUCCUCUUCUUCAAGGUGUCGAAUGCAUAUGGAGCCCUCAUUGGCUUCAUGAUGGGAAUCAUCUUAAGGUUCAUGAGUGGUGAGCCCCUCAUUGGCCUCCCUCCUCUCAUCGAGUUCCCCGGCUACCGACCGGACGCUGAAGGAAAGCCAACCCAGUACUUCCCCUUUCGCACCGCUAUCAUGAUGUUGUCGCUAUUUUCCAUCCUGCUCUUCUCCUGGCUUGCAGCCAUCAUCAUCAACAAAGGUCUGCUGCCCGAGAAAUGGGAUGUAUUCAAGAUCAAUCGCAAGCGAAAACCAUCAGCCGGAGCUGCUGAGGCCGAGAAGGCCAAGCAGGCUAAGGAAGGAUUCUCUGAGGCAAAGCAGCUACUGGACAAUACCACCAGUUUCUGAACUGGCUAACGAGAAUGGAGAGAGGAUGGACAUAGGCUGAAGGCGGACAUGUUUGUGAGCCUGCUAAACAGGAGUUCACAGAGGGGGAACAACAACAACGGCUAGACAAUACGUACACAUUGUGUGCAGUAUAACAGUGAAUAUGCGAUGACAUUUACAUUAGUAGAGGUUGAUCUAAGCACCUUAUUUCAUCAGUUGCCUUAUUGUCUUGUACAGAGAAUACUGUAAAACUAGGCUCUGAUUUGUUCAGUUCAUCGCGCUGCGGCAAAACAAAAUACAGAGUCAACCCAACAAAUUAUGAUAGAUUUAAAUUCUUAAACAAAAGAACACAACAAGCCACCUGCCUCUGUAUUUACUGAAUUAUCAUGAAUCAGUUUGACUCGAGUGUGACCGCCAGGGAACGCUGUACUGUACUGAAAAAGCCUCUUCCUCAGUUUGAAACUCUGUCCAAUCCAAAGAAAGUGAGUGCCCUCCGCACUGUUGCGGUGCAUUUUCUUUUAGAAAGAUGUAUUAUUAUUUACCCAUUUAUGUGACUAAAUAUAUCUACCUUUCUCUAGCUCGAGCUCGACUUAACAGCACCUUUAACAGCACCUUUACUUAGUUAGUAUUAUAUUUUCUAUAUUUACCACCUAAAAUGAUACACACAAGUUUAGUUUAUUUACACCCAUUUUAGGCACAUCUCUUUCGCAGCAGUUCAUACUCCUAAAAAGUGCUUCUCAAUAUUUGUAAAAAUGCAUCUAUUCAGGGAGAGGAUAACCAUAUAUUACAUGAUAAGAUAUAUUUAAGCUUUUCGAGCAACUUUUACCUCCAUCCCUCAAAUGCUACUCCAUAGACACUAGCAAGUUUAAGAAUGUCGUUUUUUAACUGCCCAGGUAUGGAUUAAAUAGAACCCCCCUGCCUGACCGCUGAACUGCCCCGCAGUGCAAAUGCUGUCGACCUUGCCAUGCAAGAAAUAACAAUAAUUUUAAAAACAGCAACCAAACAUAUCGACGAUAUAUAUAUAUAUAUAUAUAUAUCUUAUAACUAUUUAUAUUAAUAAUAAUACCGGUUUUGCCAGAAAUAUACCUCACUUUUCUCCUCCUGAAGUUUCUUCUCCGUCUUUUAGUACGUGUGGAGGGAUGUGUCUUUUAGUUUGUCCAUGACUUUGUAAUCUAUUGGGUUUUUUUUUUCUUUUAAAGCUGUAGUUUACAGUGGGAUCAUAUUGUUUUUCUGAGGUGGUGAAAAUAUUUGCAGCUUAUAUCCUGAAAAUGUACAUUAAUGUUUCCCAAUAGUACAAAUUGAACUGACUUUAAAUGAUUGAGUUUUGUUAAAGAGCAAAUUGUUCAAAGACACUCGUGUUUAUUAAUGUAUUGUUCUGUUUUACUGAGCAUACAUUGUGGCCUGCAGUCAGAGGGCCUGUUGCUCAACAUAUCACUGGAAGCUGCUUUCGAUUGGCUGUCAGUGGCCUAUACUAGUCGUCCUAAAAGGGGUGUAUACUCUUGUCACUAUGCAAAUGCCUCAUGGAGUGGUUAUGUUGGCUCUAAGUAUACAAAACGUGAACCUAAUAUUCUGACUUCUAUCCUAAGCAUACGGUAUGAAUACCAUUUCCAAAAACUGAUUGCACAGAACGAACUGUUCUAAAAAAAAAGGACGCGUUCAGACACGAUGCAUCCAUGUUUUUCUGCGUGAUUUUGAUCUUAUUAACUGUACAGUUUAAUCAUGAUAUGUAUAUUACACAUUACAUGUUGUAUCAAAGUUGAUUGCAAAAACGUGUUUUAUUUUAAGUUAGCAACAUUUAAAAAGAAAAAAAUUCACUUUGACUUUGCAGAACAUUACAUGUCAUUUUACCCUCAUAAUCUUCUAAAUCAAAAGGAGGCAGAUUUAUUUGUUUUACCAGUGAUUCUGAACAGUAUUUUCCAUGUCACAGAAGUAGCAUAUUACAAACGUCAUAGCCAUUUACAAUGCACACACCUACCUAACCGUUUCUCCUGACAUAAUGUGGAAGAAAAAAAACAGCGGUUCUCAGCAAGCUUUAGUUGUAAGGAAUGACAAAGCCUUAUUAAUGAUGUGCAUGUGCUGUCUAUUGUCAUCUGUGCAUUUCAUUACAAUUUGUGGAGAAGUGUUUAUUUCUGAACAGUUUUCUAAUAAUUAAUAUACAACUGAACAGUUUUAUAAUAAACCAUGAAUAGGUGGUGAGUUCUAUAUUGUAUUUUCCCCUAUUAUGUAUUUGGUUUUAUACUAUCAUGCAUGUUGACUUUCAAUAACAGAGUUGUUUGUAUAUUGAACUUUGGUCAUGUCUGUUUUACCAUGUAGCGAUUGAUCCUACUUUGUAAUCCAUUAUUGUAAAUCCCCAUGUGAUGUUCUGUCAGAAUAAAGGCUAAAACCAAA